GGAAAAAAUAAAUAAAUUAAAAGAAAUAAAUAUUACUAUGUAGAGGCCCCAUGCAAGAAAAUGCACAAAAACAAACAAACGUGUGGAAUGUGUUUAUGUGUGUUUUAAAAGUCUUCGUCUUCGGCAACUAAUUGCAGUCAAAUAAACAAAUCAACUCUAUCAUGCAAUAUAUUAUCAUUGUUUUCACUCUUAUCAAAUUCAAUUAAUCUUUGAAUUUUUUUUAAAAAAAAAAAUUCAUUAAGAGGAUGUUCGAUUCUCCGAAAUUCGCCCCUUCGAAAUUAAACGUAUUUUCCACCAUAACUUAUUCUUUGAUCGUCUUCGUAAUAGUAGUUUUCUCCUACGGUGUCAUAUCCAACGUCACACUCCACUUUCAACAACACGCUUUCGAUCACGGAGGAAUAUUCCAUCCGAAUCAGCUGCUUCAGACUCACCACACAUCAGAAGAGAUUAUUAGAUUAAGAACAAGUGACGAUGCAAAGCUUGUUGUUGAUCACCCCAAAAGCAAGCUCAACCCCGAAGAAUUCGAUUUCUUCGUCACAUCCGUUAAUUCUUCUAGAAGAUUCGAUUCAAGUGUUAGAGAGUUUUUCGAGAGCAGUUGCAAAGUUCGGAUCUUUAUGACAUGGAUUUCGCCCGUGGAAUUUUUCACCGAAAGGGAGUUUUUCGGAUUGGAGAGCUUAUUUCAGACGAACCCCACAAGCUGUUUGAUCAUCUUGUCUAAAACUAUGGAUUCGGAAAAGGGCCGGAAGCUUCUAGAACCUUUGACCGGUCUCGGUUUUCGUGUUCGUGCAAUAGCUCCCGAUUUGUGGGGUUUAGUCAAGAACACCCCUGCCGAGAGUUGGUUCGAUGAAAUCAAGAAUGGUACUAAAGAAACAGGGAAAAUUCCCCUGCCUCAAAACUUGUCCAAUUUGAUUAGGCUUGCUGCUUUAUAUAAAUACGGAGGUGUUUAUUUGGACACCGAUUUUAUAAUCUUGAAAGAUUUUUCGGGUUUGAGGAAUUCGAUUGGAGCGCAGAGCGUCGAUUUGAGUGGAAAUUGGACAAGAUUGAACAAUGCGUUUCUUGUUUUCGACAAGAAACACCCUCUCGUUUUCAAAUUCAUCGAGGAGUUUGCUUCGACUUUUGAUGGGAAUAAAUGGGGUCAUAAUGGUCCAUAUUUAGUCUCUAGAGUUGUUAAUAGAGUGAAGAAAACAGAUGAGUUUGACUUUACGAUCUUGCCCCCGAUGGCUUUCUAUCCGGUGGAUUGGACACGGGUCGCGGGUUUUUUCGGACGGCCUAACGACCCGGUGAGUACGAAAUGGGUCGAGGCAAAGAUCCGGCAACUAAACGGGUCGUCUUAUGGGGUCCAUCUGUGGAAUAGCCAAAGUAGCAGAUUAAAGAUUGAACAAGGAAGCAUUAUAGAUAGGUUGAUUUAUAGUCACUGUGUUAUAUGCAAUAGGCAAAUUUCUUCAAGUUCUUGAUUAGAAAAACCCAAAAUCAGUGCCUUUUGUAAAGCUUUAAUUUUAAAAUACAUUCCCUCUAUUUUAUUUUUGUAAAAAUGUAUAUCCAAACAUUCUUUCCUUUU